AUGACUUCAUCCCACCCAAACGGACCCGCCAUCGUCUUGGUUCAGGGAUCAUUUCAGUUGCCAGACGUAUACUCCAAGCUAGCCGAAGCCCUCAGAGAUUGCGGGUACCAAGUCUUUCAACCACCAAUGCCCAGUCUGAUGAUGUCGAAUAAGCCCGACUUUGUCUUGAAAUCAUUGGAAACUGAUGCACUCGCCGUGCGGUCCAAGAUCAUAGAGCUCGUGGAUGCAAAGAGAACCGUCUUUGUGGUAAUGCACUCAUAUGGUGGUCUCGUGGGUACCGAGGCCGUGACCGAAGACCUGACUGCUGCCCAUCGUCAGUCCCAAGGCGAAGAAGGGGGUGUUGUACACUUAUUCUACUUUGCAGCUUUCAUACUGUCCAAGGGUCAAUCGGUUCUCAAUACAUUUGGCAACUCCCCAAACCACGAUGUAAAGCCAGAUGGUCGUUUUGUCCUGAAAAAUGCGGCCGAGGUACUUUACCAUGAUCUCCCGGCCAAAGAGGCGGAACGCUGGGCAUCGAGACUCCUCUAUCAAGCUCCCAAGGUGCAAGAGUACGCCCUGACGAACGAAGCCUUUCGCUUCGUCCCUUCCACCUACCUCGUCUGCGAAAAGGAUCGUGGCCCGCCACCUCAGUACCAGCACAUGUUUGGCACAAAGGCGGGAUCAAAAAUAUUGAGUAUGCAGUGCGGACACUCGCCAAUGCUCAGCCAUACGUCGGAGUUGACGGAGAUGAUUGUCCAAGCCAUAAAGUCUGUUGAUGGAGGGAGUCGCUAA